AUGAACAGCCUCAGCUCAGAUGCAAUUUCAUCUGCUCUUGAAGGUCGUGUGGAUCAACUCCCCAACUCAAGUCCGGAGUCAGACAACUCAUUCAACGAUGAUUUCCACCUCCUUCAGCAGUUACAGGAUUUUGACCCCACUCAAGAAACGAUUCUUGGCGCUGAGACAUCUCACAAUCUUCACAUAGCACCUUCAGACACAGCUCAAUGUGAAGUUACGAACGAAACUCACAGUGACAGCCCAGAGCACGAGACUUCCAGCACCGAGGAUGAAGAUUCAUCAGACUCGGAGCCAGAACUAGAUGCGCCAUCAGACUCAGAGCCGGAACCGAGUGCGGACCCGAUGGACGUAGACUUUGAGCCCGCCAAGGACGUGAAAGAUGAAUCGCCGAAGCCUCGCAACAAGCCCACAAGAAAGAGAGCAACAAGCGCUGGGGUCGCAAAGACUGCCCAACAGAAAGUUAGGAAGAACCAGAGAAAGCUCGACGAAGAAUUCAAGAUUUACAUCAAAAACGACCGGAAGAGGAAACAGGGCGCUGGAAAUGGCAAUGUGCACAUCGAGCCGCCUAAGGCAAAGAAGAUGAGGACAUCAUCUGCAAAGUCAGACAAGAAAGAUCAGCGAAGCAUCGAAGAGAACUUUCAUGACACCGGCAAAACAACUGCUCGCGCCACAGCCAACCGAUCAAUCACUCAAAAAGAAAGAAAUGAGGAACUGAAGGACAGAAUCAGUCACGGCACGAACAACCGCCGAAGUGGAACUCAAAAGCGAGAUCUCAAAGAGGCCACUAGUAUCUUCGGAUACAGCAAAGUUGUUUGCUUCCUCAACGGAGAGUACUACCUCAAGGGAAUGAGGGAGACCACCAAGCUCAGAGAGGAGCAACUUCCCGCCGUCUCAUGGAUGGUCCAGCGGGAGCACGGUAUAUCGCCUCCUUUUGGAGGAGUUCUCGGGGACGAUGUUGGUCUCGGAAAGACAAUGGUGUCCAUGGCUUGCACCGUGGGGAAUCCUGCGUCGGCUGAAGACCUUCAAACCUACUUCGGUGCCACUUUGAUCAUUGUGCCGUCAACUGACAUGGCUAAGCAAUGGCGAGCAGAGUAUCUCAAGCAUGUUGAAGCCAUCAGAGACAAUGAGAUUCUCAUCUGGUCCAACGCUCAAUGGAAGGAGUCAAGCGUGAACUUUCACAACUACAAGAUUGUGAUCGCCACGAUUACUGAGAUUCGUGGAAACCUCACAGACGAAGAGCUGAAGAAGAUUGAAGCGGAACACGGCAUGGAAAGUGAUGAGUAUCGAGCUGCGCUAGUCAAGUUUGCCGGCCCAGUUUACGGCAUCAAGUGGUACAGGAUCAUUCUUGAUGAGGGGCACGCUGUCAAGAACAUGAAUACCCUAUCUUUCAAAGCAUGUUACGGCCUCCAACGCAAAAGCUUUUGGGUUCUCACCGCAACUCCCCUGGUAGACAGAGAGACAGAAAUCUUUCCGUACCUCAGGCUCGUGGGAGUCGAGGGCAUCAACACCUACCAAGACUUCAAGGACAGAUACCUUGAAUCUUAUGACUGCGAUACCAAAAUGGACGCCUUGAUCCAUUUGGUGACAUACCGGAGAACGAAGAAGGAUAAGUUCCUUGGCCGGUUAAUCACGGGAGAUCUGCCUGAGUUCAAAUCCAAAGAGGUGUGGGUCAAUCUCAGCAGACAUGAGCGUAUGAUCUACGACCUCAUCACAGAACACUACGAUGCUCUCGAAAAGCGGGAAGGACUCAGCCGGAUAAACUGUCAUCGCAUGAUGAUUUCUCAUGCUUGGAAUAUCGAGGGUGUCUUCAGAGAUGAUCUCAACCCUGCAUUCUUGACGAAUCUGAGAGACGGGCUCGAGGAAUUGGCGGCCGACCCCUCCGCCAUCCCCCAAACCAGGAAGCUCCUUCACGCAGCUCCACCCAAUGACCAAGACUCGGAACUCUUCGUCACUCAAGAGCCAACGGUGGGAAAUAGCUCUGCCAAGUCGCAGGAUACCAAGACAAAGAGAAAGAAGAAGAGAUCGAAGAAGACAGAGGAGAAGAAGUCGACCAAACCAAAGGAAGACAGGAUUUUUCAUACCGAUUCGACAGACAAGACACUCGGCAUGGAAAAUCUCCUGAAAUAUACCAUCAACGAGCAGAUGGUGGACGAAGGUUGCACGAAGUGCGAGAAGACGUCAAUCGACAAGCCCUGGAUCAUUUCCCAGUGUCAGCACUUAUUUUGUCAUGAAUGUCUUUCCGAGGACUGGAGAGAGGCAGGCGAAACAAAAUGCACAACGUGUGACCAGCCAUACGACCGAAAAACAGAUGCAAGGCUGGUUGAGAAUCUGUCUACCAAGGAGACAGAGUACGCUGAGGAUGACAGGGUGAGAGCACUUAAGGAAGCAGAAUCCGCACCUCCCACCGUGACUCCCACAAAGAGAACACCGAAGAAAUCGAAGAGGCAGAAGCAGCUCAGUGCCAGAGAGGAGAAGAAGAUCGUCGCGGACUUCACCAAGAAGAAGUACGGCGGCGAUUAUCGCGGUGUCUUCUUGGAUCUGAAGGGCAAGGAUAACGCAUUCAUCAACAUUGGAGUUCACGAGGCAGACGGUAUGAUUCCGCUCAGCUCCAAGACUGCGUGUGCCAUGGACUACGUCCUCCAAUUUCAGAGCGAAGCGCCCAAAGACAAGAUAAUAGUUUUCCACGAGUUCCUGAAGACCGCGAAGAUCCUUGGCAUCGCUUUGCGUCAGUAUGACAUCCCCUUCUACUACUUCAAUGGCGAAAUGUCCGCCAAGAGUAGAGAAGAUGCCAUUACCUCUUUCAAAAACAACCCAAGCAUCAAAGUCCUGCUCGCGUCCAAGGUCGGCAAGGAAGGCCUGAACCUGACCUGCGCCAACCGCAUCAUCAACAUCGAUAACUGGUGGAACAAGGCUGCCCAGCAGCAGAUCUUCGGCCGCAUCGACCGCACGGGCCAGACCAAGAAGAUGUACGCCGUCGUCAUCAGAGCCGCCGACACCAUCGACGAGCACAUCGACGACUUGCAGGAGACCAAGGCCGAGAAGGUGGCGCACAGAAUGCAGGAUGACCGGCACGAGACGAAACUCAUGUCGUACUGGGAGGUAAUGAUGCACACGGCGCCCAUGGCGUACCAGGCCAAGUGCGCGCAGCUAAUUAAGGAGAUCGACGAGGAGGAGGCCAGCGAGGACGAGGAAGAGGAUGCUGCGGAGGCUGCACCGGGGGCGAGGCUUUGGGUAAAGGUCUGA